GCUUUUUCCGCCUCCAGGGAGGGUGAGAAGGGCCGGCCGCCCGGCGGGGUUGCGGUCUGCUCAGAGCCAGCGACCCUCCCGGGACUUAAGCACCGGGACCUUGGGUCCUCUGGGUGCACCUGUUGCAGGCGACAGCACGGCCGUCGAGCGAGUUCUCAGCCGGCACCUUCUCUCAACCGAAGAGCUCCGGGCUUCCAUUCCUUCGCCUCCCUCCCCCCAAGGUGUAGAUCCUCCACCACAGGGAACCCCAGUAGCUCUCCUUAUCUGGUUCUUUUGAAGGAAGACAAGUAGGAAAAAAAGUAGAAUACAUCAUGUCAGAGAUACUAGACCUCUCGUUUCUGUCUGAUAUGGAAAGGGAUUUGAUCCUCAGUGUUCUACAGCGAGAUGAGGAACUCAGGAAAGCAGAUGAGAAAAGGAUUAGGCGACUGAAAAAUGAGCUACUGGAGAUAAAAAGGAAAGGGGCCAAGAGAGGCAGCCAACACUACAGUGAUCGGACCUGUGCCCGGUGCCAAGAGAGCCUGGGACGUUUGACUCCCAAGAACAACACUUGUUGGGGUUGCAAUCACCUAGUGUGUCGGGACUGUCGCAUCCAGGAAAGCAGUGGUUCCUGGAGGUGCAAGGUGUGCACCAAGGAAAUAGAGCUGAAGAAAGCAACUGGAGAUUGGUUUUUUGACCAGAAAGUGAAUCGCUUUGCUUACCGCACUGGCAGUGAGAUAAUUAGAAUGUCCCUGCGUCGCAAACCUACAGUGAAUAAAAGAGAGACAGUGGGGCAGUCUCUCUUUCAGCAGACAGAGAUGGGGGAUGUUUGGCCUGGAAGAAAGAUCAUUCAGGAGCAACAGAGGGAGGCCAGUGUGCCAUUUGAAGUGCUAAAGCUCAAAUGUGGAAAGAGUGCACUGGAGGCUGAGAGUGAGAGUCUGGAUAGCUACACUGCUGACUCAGAUAGCACUUCCAGGAGAGAUUCUCUGGAUAAAUCUGGACUGUUCCCAGAAUGGAAGAAGAUGUCUGCUCCCAAAUCUCAAGUAGACAAGGAAAUUCAUCCAGGGAACCAAAAUGCCAUGUCUAUUGAGGAAGGUGACAUGAUAUUCAAGAAGAACACCAGAAAAAUCCUCAGGCCAUCAGAAUAUACUAAAUCUGUGAUUGAUCUUCGCCCAGAAGAUGUGGGGCAAGAAGACAGCUCCUUGGGAGACAGAAGCAAAUCUGUACCAGGCCUCAGUGGGGAUAUGGAGGAAGAGGAGGAGGAAGAAGAAGACAUUGACCACCUGGUGAAGUUACAUCGCCAGAAAUUAGCAAGAAGCAGCAUGCAAAGUGGCUCCUCUAUGAGUACCAUUGGCAGCAUGAUGAGCAUCUAUAGUGAAGCUGGUGAUUUUGGGAACAUCUCUGUGACUGGCAAGAUAACAUUUUCCCUGAAGUUUGAGCAGAAAACACAGACUCUUGUCAUCCAUGUGAAGGAGUGCCACCAGCUGGCCUAUGCUGAUGAAGCUAAGAAGCGUUCUAACCCAUAUGUGAAAACUUACCUUCUGCCUGACAAAUCCCGCCAAGGUAAAAGAAAAACGAGUAUCAAACGGGACACCAUCAAUCCACUGUAUGAUGAAAUAUUCAGGUAUGAGAUUCCAGAAGCUCUCCUGGCCCAGAGAACCUUGCAGUUUUCAGUUUGGCAUCAUGGUCGCUUUGGCAGAAAUACUUUCCUUGGAGAGGCAGAGGUCCAGAUGGAUUCCUGGAAGCUGGAUAAGAAACUGGAUCAUUGCCUCCCUUUACAUGGAAAGAUCAGUGCUGAGUCCACGCCUGGCUUGCCAUCACACAAAGGCGAGUUGGUGGUCUCAUUGAAAUACAUCCCAGCCUCCAAACUCCCUGUUGGAGGUGACCGGAAAAAGAGUAAAAGUGGGGAAGGGGGAGAACUCCAGGUGUGGAUCAAAGAAGCCAAGAACCUGACGGCUGCCAAAUCAGGAGGGACUUCAGACAGCUUUGUCAAGGGAUACCUCCUUCCCAUGAGGAACAAGGCCAGUAAGCGUAAAACUCCUGUGAUGAAGAAGACCCUGAAUCCCCACUACAACCAUACAUUUGUCUACAAUGGUGUGAGGCUGGAAGAUCUACAACACAUGUGCCUGGAACUGACUGUUUGGGACCGGGAGCCCCUGGCCAGCAAUGACUUCCUGGGAGGGGUCAGACUGGGUGUUGGCACUGGAAUCAGUAAUGGGGAAGUGGUGGACUGGAUGGAUUCGACUGGUGAAGAAGUGAGCCUGUGGCAGAAGAUGCGACAGUACCCAGGGUCUUGGGCAGAAGGGACUCUGCAGCUCCGUGCCUCGAUGGUCAAGCAGAAGCUGGGUUCUUGAGUCUAUGUUAUCCUCUGCAGGCACAGCCCUGGUCAAGCCAAGUCAAAGGAACUGAAGAAACCAAGAGCAAAUAUUUCUACUUUAAUGUGUAUCCAUGUAUGUUGGAUGUGUGUGUAUGAAACAUGUAUUUUUGCAAAUCUCGUUGUGCUAGCUAGAAUGAUUCCAGCUUGUUUCCUUUUUAAAUAGACUUCCUUUAUAAAUAGGCUCAAGAGUAAGGGUCUCUUAAAAUGGUUUUUAUUUGUGUUUAGUCUGGUAUAUAUUCAGAGUAUAUUUUUCCUGUGUCUUUAUGAUGUUUAACUAACUUUUAAAAAUCUUUUCCAACUUUCUACCUUUGGUCCUGCUGUCCUUGUUCCUACUUCCUCAGGAAACAUUGGCUGCCUUUGGCAUUAGUUCGUUUGUGGUUCUAGGUGUGCCUGACAUGAGGCCAAGGCUCUGGGAAGCAGCUUUGGUGUACUGAAGUCAAGGGAAUAUGUGAGAGAGUCAAGUAGGAUCAGUCCUUCACCUCUAAUUUCUACUUUUGACUCAUUUUCUACUUUGUUAAGGUCCCAAAAUUGGCUUUUAACUUUCCUUAUUUUUAAAUUGUUUCCAUCUGUGUAAGUAUAGUGGUUUUCUGUGAAAUGCUAAGAAAAUUUGAGCUCCUUCCUAUAUCAGGCCUUUGGGGAAUUAUGAUGCAGUCACUUUAGAAAAGCACUUUAACUAGAUAAUAGCCUUUACACUGAUAAAUGAACAUGCAUAGCAAGACCUUCUGGAUGAUCCCAGAGGGCUUGAGUGACUAAGGGGAAAGUAUCUCACAGCCCAUGCUGCAUUCUCUGCACUCUGAAUUUUAAACAGAUGCAGCAGUUGUUUGAGAGAACUCUCAUUUCUUUUUCAUCUCUAGAUUGUGUCUGGAGUAUGCUUACACAAAAUAUAGUCUAUAUAACUCUGUGUCAGCCAGAAGAGCUAAAUAUUAUAUAAACUGGCACAAUAUUAUCUUAGGAUAGGGACUGUUACUGCUCCAAGAGAAUGUGGACAGAAGCUUUCAUUUUUUAUGACUUCUAAGACCAUCCCUGAUUUUUGUUGUUUCCCUAAUUUGACCUACAUGUAACAUGCAAGUGCCAUGGUGAGGCUUUUCAAAGAAGGUUAUGGUGAGGUUUCAUUUCUUGCUACUUACUCUUACAAACUCACUUUUUCAUUCACAGAAAUAUGUCUAAAUAAAGUGUACUUUUUAAGAAGUCUAUAUGAGGGCUGGAGAGAUGGCUUAGCGGUUAAGCGCUUGCCUGUGAAGCCUAAGGACCCCGGUUCGAGGCUCGGUUCCCCAGGUCCCACGUUAGCCAGAUGCACAAGGGGGCGCACGCGUCUGGA